AUGCAAAAUUCCCCUGAAAGAUCAAACCCAAGUACUUCGGCACAGACUAAAAUUCAAGAUCAGUCAGGCAUUCCUGCUAGGCGAAAAAAUCAGCAGUCAGCCCCUUCCAGCCAUAAUUCUCAACCACCCUCUAAGUAUAGUCACUCAAAUUCUAUGAACCUUAUGAUUAGCAUCACAAAAGCCAGUGUUACUGAGCUGGGUUUCCAAAAAUACAAGAUAAGUGACAGAGAAAAAAGUUUUAACAUAAUGUUCGCGAUCACAAAUCAAGGACAAAGCACAGGAGAGAAAUGACGAACUUUUCCGCUUUUAAUUGAAAUUUAUGAGAAUAUUUUUACAAUCAAGGUAAUUUUUACGAUAAAUAAUGAGAGCUUCAGGUUCACUGAUGACAAUUUGUUGCUAAUUUCAAUUGAAUUCAUCACACGUUCGAAUUAUGGGAUGCAAAUCGGAUGUUUCAAUAUUAGUCUGGAAAAAAGAAUUUUGGUGUUUGAAAGCAAAGGGUUUUAUAGCACCUUGAAUCCUGAAUGCUUAGGAAAUCUAAUUAAAGAUCAGUUAAUGAAAUCAAUUGCUUCAUAUAAAACUUAUGCAUUUGGAAUAGUGUCAAUUAUUGAAUUUUUCCAAAAAGGAGCCUCAAUAGACACUAGAAGAAUUUUACAUGAGAGCGAAAAAAGAAGCCAAAUCCCUCGAAAACACCCAGUUCAGCCAAAACCAGAGCCAGCAAAAGAAAGAGAAAGGGAGCAAGCCAAAAGGGACGAUGAUUCAGAUCAAUCAGAAACCAGUGAUGACGCAGAAGAUAACGACGAAGAUAUUUCCUCAAGCUAUAAUGAAGAAGAAUAUAUUGAAUAUUGUGAAAGAGAAAGAGAAUUAAUAGAGUUUAUCAGAGAUAAUGAAGUCCUAAAAACUAUAAUUGACUUUGCAAACCUCUUUCUAGACGAUAAAAUUUACAAAUAUGAAGGAUCCAUUGGCUGCACCCUCAAAAAAUAUUUAGAAUUAAUAGACUUUGAUCGAAAUUUACUUGACGAAAUCAAGCUUAAGCUAAGGCAGUGAUAUGAAAAUGACUUGGAGUUUAUGGCUUUUCCAAGCAACUAUUUAACUGUCCAAGAACAAGGCUCGGGAAAUCGGAAAAUCCUGCUUAUUCCAAUCGGUCUUUCAAAAAUCGCUCAAAUACGCACUGAGAAGUCUCCAGAUCCAAGAGAGUAUGAUUUAAAGCUGCUGAAAGAGAUGAAUUCAUUAUUAUGCCAAGUGAUUAGUGAUAAAAGCAAUAUGAAAUACCAGAUAAACAGUCAAGAUUGAAUUGGCCCAGAGAAUUUCACCAAUAAGUCUUUGAUGGCAGAGGAAUCAAUUAUUGGUCAUGGAGGCUUUGGAGAUGUCUAUGAAAAUGAAUUAUAUGGCCAAAAAGUUGCAAUAAAGUUCCCAAGAGAAGUAAAAGAGACAGAAACUAAGGCAAAACGAAGGAUCGCAAAAGAGCUGCAAAUGAUGAAGUGCCUUCCUCAUGAAAAUAUCGUCAAAGUCUAUGGAGUGGUCGAAUACGACAAAAAAAUCGGCCUUGUCCUGGAAUUUUGCCCCAAGGGAGGGCUGAACUCAUACAUUAAAAGAUCCUCAAACAUUACGAUGGACGAGCGACUCAAUUUGAUGUACGGAGCUAGCCUUGGAUUGGAGUUCAUGCAUUCCAAAGAAAUUUGCCAUUUUGAUAUAAAGCCUCAUAACAUGUUUUUAAGUGAAGAAAAUACUGUAAAACUAGCUGAUUUUGGAAUGAGUGAACACCUUGAGAAGGGAAAAGUUUUUAAGCCUGGCUUUACGCUGCUAUAUUGCUCGCCUGAACAAAUUAAAGGAGAUAACCCACAAAUGCCUGCUGAUGUGUGGUCUCUAGGUAUGAGCAUGUAUUAUGUUAGCCAUGGAAGGGCGCCGUUUGAUUAUUUAGAGACUAUGAAAGGACAUAAGCCUGAGAAAAAAGAGUUUUAUCAGGAAAUAAAGAAGAAAAUGAGAAAGCCAAAGGUGCUAGAAGAGAUUGAGAGGAAGUUCCCAAGGUUUGUGGCGCUUAUGAGAGAAAUGUGGAGUGAAGCUCCGGAAAGGAGGCCGCCUAUGAGAGAUGUGAGGAAAGGGUUGAAAAAUGCUUUAGAUUUACUUAAUAAAAAAAGGAUGCAAAAGCUAUAG